UCCCAUUGCGGGUAACCCCGGCGGUGGCAGCGGUGGCGGCGGCGGCAGCGGCGGCACCGCCUCCUCCUCACACUCCCGAGGUGGCGGGGUUAGAUGAGCGGUCCCAGUAGCGGCGAGGGCGGCGCAGGGGGGAGAAAGAGAAGACGGAGGAGGAGGAGGAGGACGCCGUCUUUGUAGUGCCCUGCUGCGGGAACGAGAGGCCGCUGCCAGAGCCGUCGUCGUUGGAAAAGGGCUGUGUGCGCGCGCGUGUCUGCUUGCCCGGCCCGCAGGGACGAGGCGGCGGUGGCGGCGGCGGCGGCGAGGAUGAUGAUGUGCUCUGCGACUGCCUCCCCCGCCGCCGCCUCCUCGGGGCCCGGCGGGGACGGAUUCUUCCCAGCCGCCACCAUCUCUUCCUCCUCGGCGCCGGGGGCGCUGUUCAUGCCGGUUCCCGAGGGCUCUGUGGCUGCGGCGGGGCUGGGGCUGGGUCUGCCGGCCGCGGACUCCCGGGGUCACUACCAGCUGCUGCUGUCAGGCCGGGCCCUGGCCGACCGCUAUCGGAGGAUUUACACAGCUGCGCUCAGUGACAGGGACCAGGGGGGCAGCAACGCUGGACACCCAGCCUCCAGGAAUAAGAAAAUUUUAAAUAAGAAGAAGUUGAAAAGAAAACAGAAGAGCAAAUCAAAAGUGAAGACAAGAAACAAGUCUGAAAACUUGGAGAAUACAGUAAUCAUACCAGAUAUCAAACUACAUAGCAAUCCUUCUGCUUUCAAUAUUUAUUGCAACGUACGCCAUUGUGUUCUGGAAUGGCAGAAAAAGGAAACAUCAUUGGCAGCUGCAUCCAAGAACUCUGUGCAGAGUGGAGAGUCAGAUAGUGAUGAAGAGGAGGAAUCCAAAGAGCCCCCUAUCAAGCUUCCAAAGAUCAUUGAAGUUGGACUUUGUGAAGUUUUUGAAUUGAUCAAGGAGACACGAUUUUCUCACCCAUCCCUAUGCCUCAGGAGUCUCCAGGCCCUGCUUAACGUACUUCAGGGUCAGCAGCCAGAAGGCCUUCAGUCAGAGCCACCUGAGGUCCUAGAGUCUCUCUUCCAGCUCCUUUUGGAAAUCACUGUUCGAAGUACGGGAAUGAAUGACAGCACAGGCCAGUCUCUGACAGCACUUUCCUGUGCUUGCCUCUUUAGUCUGGUGGCUUCUUGGGGAGAAACAGGAAGGACACUUCAGGCCAUCUCUGCUAUCCUCACCAAUAAUGGCAGCCACGCUUGCCAAACAAUACAGGUGCCAACUGAUACUAAAUUCCCUACAGAGAAGUGUACAGGCAGUGUUGGUGGGAAAAAUUCAAAUUCAGGGACUGGUUUAGCAAUGGCAUUAAGAAAGUCAGCUUUAAUGCAUAAGUGGCCAUUAAAAGAAAUAUCUGUUGAUGAAGAAUGAUCAAUGGUCUACUUCAAGAAUGAUGGAUUUUUUCUUUAUCUGUUAUGCAAUGGAUGGAUUAUACAAAAUAGGCUCUGGAUACAGUGGAACAGUUAGGGGCCAUAUAUAUAAUUCUACAUCUCGCAUCAGAAACA